AUGGAGAACAAGGCAGCUACAGAGGAGCCCCUGCUCGUGUCGCGGUCCGAGCACACGGCCGCGGCGGAGGCCAAGCGGCUGCUGAGCCUGGCGGGGCCGCUGGUGGCCAGCUGCAUCCUGCAGAACGUGGUCCAGCUCGUGUCCGUCAUGUUCGUGGGCCAUCUCGGUGAGCUACCCCUCGCCGGCGCCUCCCUGGCAAGCUCGCUCGCCAACGUCACCGGCUUCAGCCUGCUCGCCGGCAUGGCGAGCGCGCUGGACACGCUGUGCGGGCAGGCCUUCGGGGCGAGGCAGUACGGCCUCCUGGGUGUCUACAAGCAGCGCGCCAUGCUGGUGCUCGCGCUCGCCUGCGUCCCGAUCGCCGUGGUCUGGGCCAACGCCGGCCAGAUCCUCGUGUUCAUCGGCCAGGAUCGCGACAUCGCCGCGGAGGCCGGCGCCUACUCCCGGUGGCUCAUACUGGGCCUCGUCCCCUACGUCCCGCUCGCGUGCCACAUCCGGUUCCUGCAGACGCAGAGCAUCGUGGUGCCGGUCAUGGUCAGCUCCGGUGUCGCUGCGCUGGGCCACGUCUUGGUGUGCUGGGCGCUGGUGUUCAAGGCCGGCAUGGGCAGCAAAGGCGCUGCGCUGAGCAGUGCCAUUUCCUACUCCUUCAACCUGGCCAUGCUAGCUCUCUACGUGAGGUUCUCAAGCGCGUGCAAGAGGACAUGGACUGGAUUCUCCACGGAGGCUUUCAGAGACCUUCUCCGGUUCACCGAGCUCGCCAUCCCGUCGGCGAUGAUGGUCUGCUUGGAGUGGUGGUCCUUUGAACUGCUUGUGCUUCUCUCUGGUCUGCUGCCCAAUCCUAAGCUUGAAACCUCAGUACUGUCGAUAUGUCUAAACACUGGUGCUUUGCUGUUCAUGGUGCCAUUUGGUCUUUGUACAGCCAUAAGCACACGUGUUUCAAAUGAACUUGGUGCCGGUGAGCCCCAAGCAGCGAAGCUAGCAACUCGAGUGGUCAUGUGUAUCGCUUUGUCUACAGGCUUGCUGCUCGGCUCUACCAUGAUUCUGCUACGCAAUUUCUGGGGUUACAUGUACAGCAAUGAACCUGAAGUCGUCACAUACAUUGCUAGAAUGAUACCAGUUCUUGCGAUAUCGUUUUUCACAGAUGGGCUCCAUAGUUCUCUAUCAGGAGUGGUGACUGGAUGUGGUGAGCAGAAGAUUGGUGCACGUGUUAAUCUCAGUGCGUACUACUUGGCAGGCAUUCCUAUGGCCGUGUUGCUUGCAUUUGUCCUCCAUCUGAAUGGAAUGGGUCUGUGGCUGGGCAUCGUUUGUGGCAGCCUCACCAAGCUUGUGCUGCUCCUGUGGAUCACACUGCGGAUAAACUGGGAGAAAGAGGCAAUCAAGGCAAAAGAAACGGUGUUCAGUUCAUCUCUUCCCAUAGCAUGA